AGACUACGUGCCAGUUAACCGAUAAGAUCCCUUGUAGGCCAAAUAUCAAAAGGCAGUUGAUGGCUGUAGUCGGGAUUCAUUUGUUGGCGAUCUUGUGGUAUACAAAGAAUACCGAGAUAGUGCCAAAGGAGUACAUGUGUGGUUACUGAGCGUAACCGAAUUCAUGCAGUCACAAUCAAUGGAAGGAAGAAUGUAUGUGUUUUGGUACAGUCAAACAAACAAGUAUGGUAAAACAAUCCGUGGUACAACUGGUUAUAAUAAUAAUUGUUUCCAUUAAACCAAUCGCAUAAAAGUAAGUCACUACAGUAGUCAGACGGAACCCGUGUAGCUUUGUGUGUGCGUUUUUAGGUGAAAAACAGUAUCAUCUAUAACCAUGCUCGUGAAAUCACACAAAUCCGUCAGCCUCUCGAUAUUUUAGUUCCUUUGUCCUAGUCCAUGCGCCCCCAUGACGCGUUGAUAUUCGACGUUGUUCAUCCCUACUUCAGUAUCCAGGCCCUCUUCACUAAAAUGAACAGGUUUUUUAUCGGGUAAUUCCCUACUAUGGCUCUCAGUCUCUAAAAACUAGUCUUCAUCAUUUACGAAAGCUGAACGCGUAACCAGAAAUGGCCUCAUUGUUUAGUUUAUGAUCAAAUAUGUGUAGUAUAUAACUCUGGAGAGAACCGACCAAGCUAAGAAUGACAGCAACCAACUAAAGUAAGCAAAACCACGAAUGUGAGAUUGAGACAACUUAAUAAUUUCAGUAAAAAGUUAGCUAAGUAAAAGUUGAAUUCGUGACGUUCCAUAACUUUUGUAAAAAGCGCGUAAACCCAGCUGUUUCGAACGAUACCUUAAACCCUGAAAUAGUUAGGUACUCCAGAUGUGUAUUUUUAUCAUAAGGUUAUCAUAACUUUUGACAACUAUUAUGUUAACUAUAAGACCGAAUGUCUCAGAUUUGUUUGAGCUAUUCGAUCAGCAACGCUCCCUGUUGUUUCGUGCUGUUUGACCCUGUGUUUUGGAUUAAAGCUUUGGUUUUUGCAAGUAUUAACUACACUGUGCUCGAGAGGGCAUAAUCUCAUCAAUUUUUAAAAUGAGGACUACCUCAGUCCAUUACUGAGUUCUUCAUGCUGGACAUCAUUUCUCUCAACAGCGUUGGUUGUUUCCAUGUUCCUGUCAUGGGGCCCUCAACUUUCGCUGGUUGUCAAUAGUAAUGGUGAGAUUUUGUCUUUUGAUGUUAGGUAUGCAGUAGGGUGGUCGUAAAAUUGAUGACAAACUGUACUAUUUCCGUAACGAAAACCAAACAUGACCCCGAUCUCCGGUGGUUCUAGUAAGGAAUAUCGUAAAAAUCUGUAAAGCUGGUAAAACUUUUGGAUAUUGGAUCGGUUUUCUAGAAGGGAAGAAAAGUCGUUUUCUACAGUAUUACACAUACUGUUUCCCAACUAUUUUGUAUCACUGAACUCUAUCACCGCCAGUUGUAAGCGUUUAAGAAUAAAGCGUAGUGUACUACGUAACAGCGAAUUAGAUUGUUAGGGUCCUUUGCAUAAUGAAUAAAGCUGUUGAUCUUACUUGUGAAGACUAACAGCUUUUAGGACUAUAUGAGAACUUCCGUCUUAAUUUGAUCGAAUAGUUUCGCUAUAUUUGGGCGCCGAGUUGAUAUGAGACACUAAUGGUAAUUUUGAUGUUUGAUUAUAAUUCCUUGAUGAUGUUUGAACUAGGUUGACAGGCGAAGUGUUGAACUUACUUCAAAUUCACUCACUGAAACUUUAAAAAUACAUUCUUCUCCAUUAAAGCUUUAGAACUCUAUCCAAACUGGUUUUCUGAUUCAUCUUUAUUAUGUUAUUAGGACUUUAAUGUUCUCAAAAAGGUUGUAAAUUUUUCGUUUUGAAGUCUGAACUGGUGUUUUCUCACAUUUAGAUUCUUGAUUACGUUUCCAGUUUUUGUAUUGUAAUGCUAAUUUCCUUCCUCAGUUUGAGUAUAUUCGUGAUAAGUUCUAAAAUGCUCCCAUCAGUUACUUUAGUUUUCAAGAUGACAAGAAUGAUUUUUAUUUAACCUCAGAUCGUAUUCAGGGGUUCGUUUAAUUAGACAAGUAAUAAAUGUAAAAUGAUUCAGUACUAAAGUCCAGAUUCAUGUAUCCACCCAUUCUCUUGUGUAAUGUAUUGAAGAAGUACUUUAUUAUACUUCAAACGAGCUUUGUAUUUCAUCAGUUGUGAAAUAAUGGGUUCGUUUCGAAUUCAAGUUAGGAUUUAGGCCUCUAUUUGUUGACCAAAACUUUUGUUUUAAAGAUGUCUCCACUGGAAGUAUUACUUUUGUAUUUGAUUCAUAUUGCCUUUUUGGCAUUUUCAACUCAUAUGUAAGUCGUUGGUAUAUUAUACACUUCCACGUUCAUCAAGUAUGCAAACUUGUAUAUAGUCCCUGCACUAGCACAUAGAUUCCUCAGGGUCGAUUAUUCUUCAAAUCAGCUGUUAGUGCUAUCUCCGUGUAAUAUACAAGUGCUAUGGUAUAUUGAGUAUGCCUGGUUUCCCAAUAUUUGGGGCUUGUAGGAACUUUCACAUAAUUAACUAGUUUUUCUUAUUUUGGACAAGUUAUCUCCCCGCUAACCAAACGUUUAUUUCACAGAAGUGAUCUAUCUUUUACCCUACCAAUAUGAAAGAUUGAAGUGGAUAAAAUAUAUAAAUCACAAGUAUUCGAUUAUAAGUAUAUCCGAAACGCCGUAUGCAACACAGUAAACAAUGUUCGGACUAGUUCUGUAUAUGGGAAUCAUUCAACUAUUGGGAUAAGACAUGGGUUUUACGGAUUUAGCUGCAGCGUACCAUUUAACUGGCUUUGGAGUCUGUCGAAAUACCCUGGUGCGGCCGAGAGUCGGGAAAGUCCGCUCUCCCUCUCGAAAUACUCUCACAUAACCACACGUAUACAGCCACUGACAGAGAAGUCCUACUUAUUGCCUUCUCACAGCAGAGGCGUCGUUUGCGAAAUUGGGAGGACGAAAAGCGAAUGUUUGGAGCUUUAACCUGGUUGGUGGAUAUGGAGGUUCCACCUAAGGGAGUUGGAAAACCCUAAUUCCCAAACAAUGGUGCACAUGAGUUCCAGGAUCCUGACCUGAACAAAAGGCGUAUGAACCUAUUGUUAGUCACCUGCUACCAUGGUACCGCAUCUCGUAACGUUGCUCCACUGCCUUGUGGAUUAGACAUUUAGGUCGAAGACUCGGAGUGUGGCCCCCUAAGAAAACCACCUGCUUCGGUCUGGGCACCCGGGGAGUAUCACGGCCCACACACAAAUCGAAUGAUUUAUGUGGCGCAUAUGUAUUUGGUGACUCCUUGUACCAGUGUUUGUGUUUGAACAAAUAAAUAACUAAAGGUUGUUGACUGCUAGUGUGAGCCGCGUAUGGAGGUCUUAUAGAUCUCCCUAUUGUACAAGUUAUCUAUAUUUCGCGGUUAAGGGGUAGGUAAAUUCAUUUGAAGCUUGUCUCAAUGAAAUAAAUGUAUUUAUUCUUUGUCUUGUUCUUUAUGUCGAUCAUUUUACUUCCGUAUUCUAUUUCUCGUUUUCCUAAGAAUAAUGGUUCUAUUAUCCCCUAUUACUAGUAUAAGAAGUUUGUUGUGUAUUACACAUUAUGAAAAUUAAAGCAAAUAUUUGCUUUUGGCUGGGCUGUUGAUGUAUAUAUUUGUUACAGUGAACUGAAAACUACCUAAAACAACUUACUGGAACCUAAAUUAUCUGACUGUUUUCCUUUGCUCGUGGUCGUAACCCCAAUAAACUGGAUAUUUCCAACUGCAGUUUACUGAAGUCUAUUUUAAGGUUCAUCGAACGUUUGUAUAAUAAACUUUCGUAAUAUAAAAUAAUACGAUGCAAAUUUAACAAAUAAUUGACAAUAACACAAGUAAACAUGUACCGAUAUCUGUGUUUGUCGAUGACUUCUAUGUAUAUACCUGUACUAUCAUCUGUUCGUAUAUGAGAUGCUAGCGUCAAAAAUCGGUUUACUGAUCAUCUUCAGUCUUUAGUUCCACAUCAACAUGCUAUUCUAGAUAAACUGAGGGGAGGUAGAACUAAGAAGACUUGUGGAUUGGGCUGACUAACUAUAAAGGUUGGUAUAGUUACUUGUUAGUAACUAUUACUCAACAAGUUUACUGAAACUAAAACCUUAAUUGAGAAGUUUUUCAUUUUGGUGUAUUGAAUGCUCUUGUCAUUUACAAUUGGGAAGUCUAAGUUUAUCUGCUUCACCUCAUUCUCAAGUACUUCAUUUGUGACUUACAUCACUGUAACUUCCUCUUUCUGAAAAUGUCAUGGUUGCCGACACUUUUUUGGUAGUUCAUAAUCCAGAGGUGACUAUAUGAUUAUGUAUGUUUACUUCACUAUCUUGUGUUGUAUUGUAUUUGAUUGCAAAAAACAGUGUUAAUAUACAUUUUGUUGACCAAGGACAGUCACAAAUCAGGAUAUUCACAUAUGUUUUUUGGUUUCGUGCCUCCUUACAACUACCCUUGUCGUACUAUCGUUUUUUUUUAAUUUUCUUUCCAUAGCUGGUUCAAAAUCCUACUUUACCAUGGUUUGCAGUCACUGGUGAUUAUUGUCCAUCCUCCUCUACUCAAUCUGCUCAAACCCAACAUUUCGCACAAGUUUUUGGAUUGUCUGUGCCAAUCAGAAGAGUACUGAGUCCCAAACAGUCACUAACCCACUCUCAUUUUGCAUUAUUUCCAACUUGUCAAAGUGUUGACACUCAAAGUCGUCAUCAAUUGAGCUCUGGAGAUCACUGUUCAAAUAUCAUUACACCUGUAAUCGUCACUAUGCCUCGUCACUCACGUUCAAAUGGAAACCAGGAUAUGGAUCUACCAGUUUUCACAGAACCACUUGGUCCAAUUGCAACUGGAUGUAAACGUGAUGCUUCUGCACUGUCAGCAAAUUGUACUAUCCCCCCUAUUACGACAACAGCUAACAUCCCAUUGGAUACUAACGAUCAGUGCACUAUUUAUCUCCCACCAAAACCUAAAGAAUCGGAGAGAAUGAUGCAUAUUCAACGGUGGGUGAAUCAUCUUCCUUGGAAUCUAAAUAAUGUGUGCGAUGCCUCUGGUCGGUCUCAUGUACCCUAUCCCAUUCCUGUUCGUUCUCACAUAGACGAUGAUCGUGAAUUAACUCCCCCUCCUGGUCGAACUUACUUAACUAGAUUACCAUUUACACCCGAAGAACAACAAGCCAUGGUCCGAUUCUUUCCUUCCCAUACAAGUCAGUUUCGGCACCAGCAUCAGACACACGCUGUUCCGGAUCCCCAACCUAGGUAUCACACCUUCCCGAAUCAUUGUCCGAAUCAACAAACAUCCAAUAAUCAUCAAUUUUCUUCAUCCCAGAGACCUAGUCAAGAAGCCUGUAAUGUCUUUCCUUCCGUUAGAAAUAUUCCUGAGUAUGUCAAUGAGAAUAACCGAAAACGUGGACAAGAAGAUAUCGGAGGUAGUCGAUUAUUUGCAGAUUGGGAGACCAGAUUAAUUAGCCGACUUUUUAAAGAGUUCUUCCAUGGAAAUCCUAAACCUAAUGGUGUAUGCGGUACACUGCCUUCUCUUAGUGAAGUUCGAUCUCGUAUAGCUUCUUCACGAUUGAAAGAAACAAGAACAGCUACAGCUGUCAGAUCCAAAAUUCGUCGAAUGCAAUCAUCCGGUACAUGGUUAAAGUAUCAAUGAUAACUGUAUUUUCCACUGUCUAAAACCCUUUUAAUAGUCCUUUUGUGUUAAGUGAGUAAUUGUGCUCAAUUGUUAAAAGCCUGUAGACAACAAUAAAAAACAAAUAGCGCUCAAAUAAUAUAUAUACAUGGUUUCAAACCGGAAUUUCUCUCAUUCUACGUCAUUGUUCUAGUUUUCCAGUCAGUCUUUAUAGUUCAUAUUUCAACCGUAUCAUUCCAGAAUACAUAUGUAUGUAUGUCCGAUCCUUUUACUGUAACCUUACUGUUUGCAGAAAUAUAAAUCUACUAAUCACCUACAAUAUAUUUAUAUAUAAAAUAUGUAUGUAUGCAAAAGCAAUUUACUUGAUGACAACAUGCUGUUUAUAGCCCCCGUGUUCUUUCUGACCUUCAAUAUACCAAUGUGUGAAACUUAUCCUGCCCUAUUUAAUACUUUAUGUACUCUCAUAUUUAUUUCUGUCUUCUUUCUCAUUCGUUUAUUUGUGGUACUUCGUACAGUAUUAUCAUUUUAUAUACAUUCAUAUAUUAUCACCAUUAUCAGCGUUUUGUUUCCAAGUUUUCUUUAUCUCUAUAAUUUGUCUCUUAUAUCAUGUGUUAUUAGAUAUCAAUUGUGCAUAUCAACUCUUCUUGUUUGUUUCCGUUUCUUGUAUGUUAAUUUGUUUCUGAAAGGUUAUUACCACUUAUCUUGGUUUUUUUUUUCAUUCUGUGUAUACGAGAAACAAGAAAUCAAUGUAAUAAACCUUGUCUUCAUUCUGUUUUAUAACAAGGGUAGCCUGGUUUUCUAAUUUAUUGGUUAAUAAUACUAAUAAUAACGAUCUCUUAAAUAAAAUUUCUCGUAGAAGCUGUUCAAUUAUUUCAACUGAUAUCUAUUAUAAAUGUAUCAUAGAAUUUAGAUUUGUUUAAUGUACAUGUGUUUCAAGUUAAUUCGAAAAAUAAUAACUCAUUCUUUAUCUACAUUCGAUACGUUUUCUCUGUGAGUAAUCUAAAGUGCAUAGUGAUAAGAAUGUUAUAUGAUAAUCAGUAAUUUUCCAAGACCUGUUAAUUCUUAUUUCUGUUUUCCAUAAAAUAAUUGUGUACAGUUUUUUAAACUGACAAAAGGACAGUGAACAACGAACAGAUAUAUGUAUGGAGUAAUUUGUUCGAGAUCCAAUGUCUUGAUAUUGAUAAGUAGCAUAGUAGUUCAACGCGGCCUUAGAAUGAAAAUCUACACAAUUUCAACUGACAGUAAUUAGCUCUACAGCUUUAAUUCUUGUUAUGAUGAAGUAGACGAUUGUUUUUUAAAAAAUGCCUUCUUUAGUCUUGUACAAAUAGGUCGACAAGUGUAUGAAGCAUUUUCAACUUUUCUUCGAAGUUCACUACCGUAGAUUGCAACAUACUAGCCAAGUGUGCCUUCGCUCCAUAGACUUUCAUACUGGAUAAGUGCAAUAUACAGAAUAUCUUAAAUAAGGUGACGUCUUAUUAACGUUGAUUUUAUCUACAUACUAGAAUCUAGGUAGGAGAUUCCAAAACAGAUCACUUCCUGGAACUCAGAAUUUCGAGGAAACACUC